UUUUGUCUAACUCUUGACUGUGAAUAAAUUUCUGACACACCUGUUGGAAUCAGCACUGGACGAGUGUGCCAUUUGAGAGGUCCUUUACCUGGUCAGACCCUGGGGAUUAGGAAGAGAGGUCUUUUUGGUUUUUUGUUAUUUUCCCCCCGUGAUCAUUAUGAGCAUUGGCUCUUCACCCUUGAAGUAAAAAUGUUGAAAGCUGAAUCUUCAGGUGAACGAACCACUCUCAGAAGUGCCUCUCCUCACAGGAAUGCGUAUAGAACAGAGUUCCAGGCACUGAAAAGUACUUUUGACAAACCCAAGCCAGAUGGGGAACAGAAAACGAAAGAAGGUGAGGGCUCCCAGCAGAACAGAGGUAGGAAGUAUGGCUCCAAUGUCAACAGAAUUAAAAAUCUGUUUAUGCAGAUGGGUAUGGAGCCUAAUGAGAACGCUGCCAUCGUUGCCAAAACGAGGGGGAAAGGUAGGCCCUCAUCCCCUCAGAGAAGAAUGAAGCCCAAAGAGUUUGUGGAGAAAACGGAUGGCUCAGUGGUUAAGUUGGAGUCCUCUGUCUCUGAACGAAUUAGUAGAUUUGACACCAUGCAUGAUGGCCCUUCAUAUGCCAAGUUCACAGAGACUCGGAAGAUGUUUGAGAGAAGUGUGCAUGAGUCAGGGCAAAAUAAUCGCUAUUCCCCAAAGAAAGAGAAAGGUGGAGGGGCUGAACCACAGGAUGAGUGGGGUGGCUGCAAGUCCAACAGAGGCAGCAGUGAUUCCUUGGACAGCCUGAGCCCCCGGACGGAAGCUGUCUCUCCCACGGUGAGUCAACUGAGUGCAGUGUUUGAGAGCAGUGAGUCUCCAGGUGCCAUCGCUUCUGGGAAGGCUGAGAACAGUGACUACUCGGUGACUGGGCAUUACCCCCUGAAUUUACCAUCUGUUACCGUAACCAAUCUGGACACCUUUGGCCGUCUCAAGGAUUCUAAUUCGAGACCUUCUUCAAACAAACAAGAUACUGAUACAGAGGAUCCUCAGAAGAGUAAUGCCAUGCCAGUACCGGAAGUGGCUCAGAAAGGUACCUCUUUAGCUUCAUUGCCUAGUGGAGAGAGACAGCUGAGCACAGAAGCUGAGGACGUCACAGCUCAACCAGAGACUCUGGACAGCACUGAUAAAGACAGUCCCGAAGAACCCUCUGCUGAGAGCCAGGCAAUGCCAAAGUCUAAUAUCCUUUCACCACAGAACAAGCCGUUAGAGGAUGCCGAAGCUAAUGUGGUGGGGAGUGAGAGAGCUCAGCAAGGGAAGAAAGACCUGACAGGUGGUGACCUAACCUCCCCCGAUGCUUCUGCAUCCAGCUGUGGAAAAGAAGGACCUGAAGACUCAAACAGUUUCGAGAGUUCCCAUGUAUACAUGCAUAGUGACUAUAACGUGUAUAGGGUGAGAUCCAGGUAUAACUCGGACUGGGGAGAGACAGGCACAGAGCAAGAUGAGGAGGAAGACAGUGACGAGAACAAUUACUAUCAGCCCGAUAUGGAGUACUCGGAGAUAGUUGGCUUGCCGGAAGAAGAAGAAAUCCCAGCAAAUAGGAAAAUUAAGUUUAGUUGUGCUCCGAUUAAGGUUUUCAACACAUACUCCAAUGAAGACUAUGACAGGAGAAAUGAUGACGUUGACCCCGUGGCUGCAUCCGCUGAGUAUGAGCUUGAAAAGCGAGUAGAAAAGCUGGAACUUUUCCCCGUGGAACUGGAGAAAGACGAGGAUGGGCUUGGCAUAAGCAUUAUUGGAAUGGGCGUUGGUGCUGAUGCUGGACUGGAGAAGCUGGGAAUAUUUGUGAAGACAGUGACGGAAGGAGGCGCAGCUCAGCGGGAUGGCAGGAUCCAAGUCAAUGACCAGAUUGUGGAAGUGGAUGGAACCAGCCUGGUGGGGGUCACACAGAAUUUUGCUGCAACUGUUCUGCGGAAUACCAAAGGCAGCGUCAGAUUCGUUAUUGGACGAGAAAAACCAGGACAAGUGAGUGAGGUUGCCCAAUUGAUCAGUCAGACCCUGGAACAGGAGAGGCGGCAGAGGGAGCUGCUGGAGAGACACUAUGCCCAGUAUGAUGCUGAUGACGAUGAGAACACUGUGGCUGAAUUGCAAGGAAUGUCUGGCAACUGCAAUAACAAUAACAACCGUUUCCUUAAGACUGGAGAAUACGCCACUGAUGAAGAAGAGGAUGAGGUCGGGCCCAUCCUUCCUGGUGCUGACAUGGCCAUUGAAGUCUUUGAGCUCCCUGAGAAUGAGGACAUGUUUUCCCCAUCUGACUUGGACACAACCAAGCUCAGUCACAAGUUCAAAGAGUUGCAAAUCAAACAUGCAGUUACAGAAGCAGAGAUUCAAAAAUUGAAGACCAAGCUGCAAGCGGCAGAAAAUGAGAAAGUAAGGUGGGAACUAGAAAAGAACCAACUGCAACAGAAUAUUGAGGAGAAUAAAGAGAGGAUGCUGAAGCUGGAGAGCUACUGGAUUGAGGCGCAGACACUGUGUCACACCGUGAACGAGCAUCUCAAAGAGACGCAGAGCCAGUACCAGGCCUUGGAAAAGAAAUACAACAAAGCCAAGAAGCUGAUCAAGGAUUUUCAACAAAAAGAGCUUGAUUUCAUCAAGAGACAGGAAGUAGAAAGAAAGAAGCUGGAGGAGGUGGAAAAAGCUCACCUGGUUGAAGUCCAAGGCCUGCAAGUUCGGAUUAGAGAUUUGGAGGCUGAGGUGUUCAGACUACUAAAGCAAAAUGGGACCCAGGUUAACAACAACAACAACAUCUUUGAGAGAAGACCAUCUCCCGGGGAAGUCUCAAAAGGAGACACUAUGGAGAAUGUGGAAGUCAAGCAAACAUCCUGUCAGGAUGGCUUAAGCCAAGAUUUGAAUGAAGCAGUUCCAGAGACAGAGCGCCUGGAUUCAAAAGCAUUGAAAACUCGGGCCCAGCUCUCUGUGAAGAACAGGCGCCAGAGGCCCACAAGGACACGGCUGUAUGACAGUGUCAGCUCGACUGACGGGGAGGACAGCCUGGAGCGGAAGGGUUGGAGAGUUUCUUCUCCAGAAUCAGAGUGUGGUGUCGCACUCCCCACCCCCGUGACGAGCCCUAGGGUCUUCUCAUCCCACCACACGACUGAGUCUCCAGGAGCGUCACAUCAGCCAGAAAGGGACCCUUUCUCCUCUGUCUCGGGAGACACUUCACCCUCCUCACCUUCAACAUCUGAUCACGAUACAGAAGACUCUCCUUGCCGCCACCAAGCAACUGAGAAAACGUUACAAGAGAAAGAUGAUGACGGUUGUCCUAAAUCACUAAGAACAUCCAGUUCAUUCAUAGUACAAAGAGGAAAAAUUAAGCAGAAGUUUGUGGAUCUGGGGGCACCUUUGCGAAGGAAUCCCAACAAAGGAAAGAAAUGGAAAGACAAAGAAAAGGAAGCCAGUAGGUUUUCUGCAGGUAGCAGAAUCUUCAGAAGCAAGUUGGAAAACUGGAAAGCCAAGCCAACCCCUGCAGCUCAGGCCUCCACCCGUUCUCCUUGUAUGCCUUUUUUGUGGUUUAAUGAAAGCCGGAAAGGAUCCUAUUCCUUCAGGAACCUGCCUUCAGCACCAAGUCCCCCUCAGCCUUCUCCUGAGACUCCAAUUUCAGAUAAAACAGGGUCCAAGAAUUUCACCUUCAAUGAUGACUUCAGUCCAAGUAGUACCAGUUCAGCAGACCUAAGCGGCUUAGGAGCAGAACCCAAAACACCAGGGCUCUCCCAGUCCUUGGCACUGUCCUCGGAUGAGAUCCUUGAUGACGGGCAGUCUCCCAAACACACUCCGAGUCAGAACCGGGCCGCUCAUGAAUGGAGUGUGCAGCAGGUUUCACACUGGUUAAUGAGCCUAAAUCUGGACCAGUAUGUGUCUGAAUUCAGUGCCCAGAACAUCAGUGGGGAGCAGCUCCUGCAGCUGGAUGGAAAUAAACUAAAGGCUCUUGGAAUGACAUCAUCCCAGGAUCGGGCUCUGGUUAAAAAAAAACUGAAGGAAAUGAAGAUGUCUCUGGAGAAGGCUCGAAAGGCCCAGGAGAAAAUGGAAAAACAAAGAGAAAAGCUGAGGAGGAAGGAACAAGAGCAAAUGCAGAGGAAGUCUAAAAAGUCGGAGAAGAUGACGUCCACAACCGAGCAACCGUGAGCAGUUAAGGCCUCACCUCCUCCAGUAGGUGGGGAAGCUUGAGAGAAGUCCCGCCCCUUCCUGCCCCCACUCUCCUGCAGAGGAUGAGGAAGAAACUGAUGGAGAUAACGCCACUGUAGGUGGUUAGAGAACUGGGUGUUGAAUGCACUCUUGAUUUUAACCUAAAAUAACCCCUCGCCACCACCUUUGGUUUAUUGACAAACCACAAGUAUCAUUUUUAUCUUCUACUUACCAACAUCCCAUGUUGUGUUAAGUGUGUUGUGCCACUUGGAGGACCAGCCUGGCCCAGCCAAUGAGAGCAGGACUCCUUCUGGUGCUGUGAGUGGAGUACCCAGAAUUCUCAGUGAGAGCCCCUGAAACUGAGGUAGUAGCUUGUGACUGUUGGUGUGGAGAUGAUACCUGGGGGAGCGCCCCUCAAUUCUGACUGUAAGGCAAGCCAGUUCCAUUGUGGGGCUGUCGGUGCCCAGCACAUGAUUUCCAGCUGAGGGGAAGAGCAAGCAAGCGUGCUAUCACGCUUGCUGGGAAUCAGAACAAGGGGGAAAUAGUAGCUAUUUAUUAACUCUAGAAGUAAAAAGCCUUAACCACACAGAUGUGGGUGUACUUCGGGGCUUGGAGGAUAGCAUUUUCCUCCAGGUAUUGUUGAACAAAGAAAAAAGAAAUGUCAGAGUGUAGUGCAACCAUGGAUGUUGGGAUCUGCUGCUUUGUUUGCCAGUGCUGCAAGCCCAGUGUUUGAGCAGCACUGACAAACAUGGCACAGCUCCUUCCCCCAAAACACAUUGAACAGGAAAUUGAUUUUUAAGGAAACCAACCAACAUCUUCAGGUUUCCUCUCCUGGGACAUUCUGGCUGGCCUCAGCCUGCCUGUGACACAACUGUGAACUUGUCACAUAUCUUCUACUCAGAAUUUCCCAAGUGGGCUCAGUUAGUGUUUUAACAAAUGUGCUUUUAAGGACUUAAACCUACAGACACUGGUUAGAGAUUAAGAUUUGAGUAACAGUCAACCAGAGAACUUUUGUUUUUCUUUUUUUUUUUUUUUAUGCACACAUAAUUCUUUCCUGUGAAGGACACCCAUCAUUUGCAUUUUAGAGACAUUUGAAUGACUUUCUAAGCCAUUCUCUUCAGUAUUCUAGAAAGUUCCCAAUUUGUUUAAAACAGUACGUAGGACAGAUUUUUCACACUGUAAGAGCUGAUAUUACUUAAGUCCAGUAUUAAGGAUUUCAGUAUUUCACCAACCUGAGUUGAACGCAGGAGACUGGGGGAGGAGGAGAACAGAAACCGUUCUGGAGACAUUUCACACACUGAGGGUUUUUAUUUGUUUGCUUGCCUUUAGUUUUGCUUUUCUUUUUGCUAAUGUAUCUGUCAUUCCUGCAUUAACUCUAAAACCCUGACAUCAUCUACUUUAUGAUGGACAGAUUUCAAAGUAGAGCUUGAUGAAUCCUUGGACUUCAGGGUAUUCACUUCCUUUACCCCACCAAGCCUAACAUAUGCCCACAGGCCUGUGCAUAUCUCCUCUGGCUGCGCAGGUAUGCAGGGCCUGCAUCAGGCUCCAGAGUUAUGACAGGAAUCUGCUAGGGUAGAGGUCAGCUGCCUGUGUGGCCUCUCUUUGUAUUUUAACAUUGUGACUUUUCACUUUUAUUGUUAUUACUAUUUUUGUAACAUGAAUUCUGAGAUUAUUUGAGCUAGAAACUUAAUCCUGUUCUUUCUCCCAGAGCCUGCUUCCCUUGCUGGCCCAGAGCACUUCUGUUAAGUUUUGGUCCGUCUGAUACAGAUCCACUUCAGUCUGAAGCAUGAUAUGGGAGUCGCAUUGUACUCUGCACAAACUAGACCUGCUUCACAGUUUUCUCAUGGAGUAGGGUGCUGGGUACUUGUUUAUAUCUUCAGAUGCCUCGUGCUUUGCAAUUUACUAAGAUUUUGAGAAAGCAAGAGACAUGUUACUAAACUACACAUUUAGUAAAUCUUUCCUAAUGCCAGAAGACUAAGCAAAUAUCUGGCAAUACUAAUACUUGCUAUUGUAAAUUUUAGCCAUUUUUCUUUUCUUUGAGGGAUAAAAAACUGGAUUGCACUGGAAACUUCUCUGUGUUCAUUUUCCAGAGUGAAAACAGAAGGGUGAUCAUUUUAAGUUGUGUUUACACUUUGAUGAUAGUUGAAAAUGAAUGUAUAUAUUGGAAAUGUCUGUAAGUCUGCCUCUGCCUGUAAUUUAUGACCUCUUAUAUUGCGUUUCUUAAAUACAGUGUUCUUACUGUAACUUUAUUAACACUCCCUGCUCGGAUCAAUGUUCAUCUGACAGUUACAAAUCAAAUUAAUACUCCUUACAUCAUUUAGUUUAUAGUUCAGUCAUUUUGAUUUUUAAGUUAAAUUAUUGUAAUCUUAGACCAAAAUGAAUUCUUUUGACGUUGCUACUUAAAACUAGUAAAAUCAUAAAAGGCUCUUGAUUGCACUGUUUGGCAAAGGAUAAAAGACGCACUGGUUGAUCCAGUGUAGAAACAAAGUGAAGGACCUCAGACAUUGUGAGCAUUUUGAUUUCUUGUUAGCUCCUUUCUUGACUUUGGUGCAUGAUAAUAAUUAAGUUUCCAACAUCUUGCCUAAUCCUUUCUUUAAUGCUGUAGUUUUCAGGGUUUAUACAAUUUAACAGAGAAUUGUUGCUUCGUGAACUUUAAGAAUUUUGGAUGGUUGUUAAGCUAUCAACAAAUGAAUAGAAGGGGUUGUCUGCAUAUUGUGAACCAUAAACUCUAGUGAAGACUAGUGGGUCCCCACCAGAAACCAAAGGUGUUUGGAGCACAGGUUAUGUUCAGGAGUGGGGGUACAUGGUGAGGCCCUGCCAUAGUUGGAGAACAUUGUAGGAGUGGAGUCUGGGUCAGGAGUGGGGGUACAUGGUGGGGCCCUGCCAUGGUUGGAGAACAUUGUAGGAGUGGAGUCUGGGUCAGGAGUGGAGUCUGGGUCAGGGCUCCACUAAAGAACUUUUCACUGGUGUCUGUGAUUAAGAUCACUUCCUUUAAAGCAAAUCAUCCUUAUAGAAUCAUUUCUUUCUCCUUCCCAGCAUCAGGAGGGUCCUGUUAGAGCAGAAACCAUGCUCUAUCUACUUUAGUACUCUGACAAAGCCUGUCAUUACUAUCAUGACAUUAAAGCGGUCUGCCAUCCUUUCGCUGGGGUUAAAAUGGACUUGCCCCUCUCACCUCAUGUAGACUUUUAAAAUACCAUAGUAGUUUAUAUCACACUAUGAAAGGAGCUAAUGCCAAACUCAGCUUGCAAGAGGCACAACAUGGGACUACCUACCUUGUGUUCCUUUAUUUUAAGAAAGUUAGUGGCAGAGGGACAGGGACGAGUGCUCUUGCUACGAUACUGUUCAUGCCAGAACUGUUUACCCUGAGAUCUUAAAUAUCUUAGGCCUAAGCUGCAAGAAUGUCCAUAGGUCAGAUUUAGCACCACCCUCUCUGGGCUGUGCUGACAAUGAAGAAUUCUCUCUUAGGAUCUUUGUUCAGUAGGAUUAACUUGUACCUGAAAAUUAUAUAAGAAGAAACUGAUUUCAUUUAUACAACUAUUCUAAGUCAUUUACAAACAUUAGAAGUUAGAAAAAAUUUGAGGAGGACCAUCAACAUUUAACAAGGGUAUUUAAUGUGAUUCUGGAGGAUGGAGGGCAAGUGAUUCUAAAAGAAUUGGAUGUGCAUUGCCCUUUCAUACAUUGGGAUAGUUAAGAAUUACCAAAUUCCAUUUGAGUAACUAAAGCCUCUUCCCACAGAGCUGGUGAUAAGGAACAUCUCACUUUUGGGAACAGGCAUUAGGAGGGUUCCUGUCACUUGUUUCAAUGCUAAGUAAAUCUCUAGUGCUACCUGGGUGAAAAGUAGUUAGGAAAGGAUGGGCCUAAUUUGCACAUUUUCUUCAUUUCUUUGGGUCGGGGCUCCACGUGUAUCUAGUUCUAAAGCAGAGCUUGUGGAGGUGAGGUCAAAUGGAAAGCAUCUAUGCUUUCUUCCCAAUCUGUUCUCAUGGUGAAAGCACAAAGGGAGGGGGUCGUCUCAAGGCAACAUUACAGGAAGUCUGUUUCACUGUUCAAUCCUGAAAGUCAGACUGAGUGUACCGGCUCGUUUUGUUUGCUUUUGUCUUGAAUAGUUAAAGUCCCAUGAAAUUUAAUCCUGAUCCAAAACACGGGGUCAGGGGGUGGGGGAGCGAUAUCACCAAAGAAAACACAUAUUUAUAUCUUGAAAAGUACAUUGAAGAAGCUAGAGUGUCCAGUUAGGCAGAACGGAGAAAAGCCUGCACAGUAAACUGCCCCUGAGAGCAACAAGGGCUCCUCACACAAAUGCACAGUGUCUCCUGGAAUGUUGGUUACUUAAAACUCUCAUCUGUAAGCACCUGGAGCCGAGACUUGGUCCUCAGAGUAGGAGGCAGAAGGCGGCCCAUGCUUCCCUACCCCUGCCCCUACCCACCCCAGACCAUUCGGGAUCCAUCGAUGUGCAAGGCAAUGUGCAAACAGUAAGAGAAGAAGCCACAAAUUCUCAGUUAUGUGCAUGCCACUUGUGUAGGUGUCAGAGCUGUGUGUGUGAAUAUAUCCCCCACCUGACACACACAUAUAUACCUUAAGCACGUGGCACAAAAAAUAUACUCUCCAUGGACUACAGUGAUGUUAGUUAGGACCCUGGGCUGUAAUCAUGGCAUCUUUGCUACUUUUUGUGUUGCAUAUACAUUGAAUGGCUCAUAGAUUUUAAGAGAUUUUUUUUUUUAAAUCUAAGUAUCCUACUAAAUGCACUUAUGCUUCUAAAUGUUUAUAUAUUUUGGUAAGAUUGAUUUACUAGAUCUUUGGUAUUGUAUUUUAGUAAGGUAAAUUUUCCUCAGAUGUUUGAUUAAUGCUUUGAUGUCAAGAUUGCACACCUUUUAGUUAGAACUCAGAAGACAGUAUGCAGCUUUGGGUAUUUUAUACUGCAGGACGCCCGCAGUUUUCUUGACUAAAUUGCACUGUGUUUCCUCGUGUAUCAGCUCUCACCUCUAAACUGAGAUAGAUCCUCAGUAGCCGUGAUGCUUCUGUCGCUGACUACUGGCUCUCUCGUGUGACCACUACGUACUUCCUAAGCCAUCCGCUUGCAAUGGCAUUUUGGUUGCCACCAAAAAUAACACGAUGGGUUAUGAGUCUACGUUGUUGGAAGCUGUACGCAUCAUUUCCUCCGGCCGCUUUGUGCACACACACAAGUUUCUUGUUAAAGAUUUAAGCAUUCAGCCAUGAAAUAACAAUUGGCCAGAAAUACCCUAAAUUGCAGUUACAAAAAUUAAAACAAAAACAAAACAGGAAGUGAUGUUCCGGCUAGAUAACAACGUCGGGCUCAAUCCGAACAAAGAGCUCUCAGCGCGCAUGCUCGGACUCUCCUCAGUAUUAGCUCAUGUCAUAAUUACUGCUUUUGUAUUUUUUAAUGAUGUUUUGAUGAAACCACUUGUACAUGUGCUAUAGAUCACUGACAAGACUGGGCAGCUGAAAGCGACAAGGAAAAUAAAGUUCUGUUCUACCAUAAGACCUGAUUUAGGUUCCUCUUUCCUUAUGCACUGCUAAAGGGAAAGUGGUUUGAAAAGUAUUAAAGUCUGGUAAGUAUGCACGACAGAGGACCCGGACUUUUUAAUUUGUACAUUUUGCUGUCUGGUCAUUUGCAUGGAGAGACAGUAGUGCCACAUCCGAUUUGUUCACUGGCGCUUGAUUAGCGUGUGCUGUUUCCAAUGGCAUUCUUGACUUUUCAGUUUUCAGAGGCAUUCAAAGCAAACUACCCUCUGCCGUCAGUGGCUCAUUGUUUUUUGACCAUCUAAAAAUACCUGUGAUUAAACUUAACUUGUUAGUGUAAAUAAAUCUCUUGCCAAUGAGUAUUAUUGUUGUUAGCUGAUGAAUGCAAUAAAAAGGAAAUACUGAGGUCUCUUGGA